AUGAACAGCAGCAGCGGCAGCAGUGGCAGCAGUGACAGCGCACCUGCUCUCUUCAACUACUAUGAUUAUUCAGACUGGUAUGACCAUUUGGAGCCCACCGAACCACCUGUAGAAAUUGUCCAACCAUGUGAUCCCACAGCAGAUGACCAGCUUUACCAUAUUAGCAUUGCUGCCAUCUCUCUGCUCAUCAUGCUGAUCCUGGUGGUGUUCACCAAACAGAAAAGACUGUGUCAGGGCUUCCAGAGGGGAUCUCCCAGUGUGUUAAAAGCGGUGAACUUCCUAGAUCAAACUGAGCAUCAAGGCUUGGUUUUAGCUGUGUUUGGCCUGGUCUUCUGCAAACUUUGUGUGCUGGUAAUCACUCCAAACCCUCUACCCCUAACUAAAGACUCCACGCCUGCAACCAAGGAAUUGUGGAAAAUUCUAGCCAUAUUUUAUUAUCCUGCUCUCUACUAUCCAUUGCUUGUGUGUGGGAAGCUGCGGAGCAAACUAGGCUAUCUCCUGGGCAGUCUGCUAUCCUGGACUCACUUUGCCAUCCUUUGUUGGCAGAAAAUCGACUGUCCUAAAACUCCAGGGAUCUAUAAGUACUACUUCCUGCUCAACAGUCUUCCUCAGAUUGCUUGUUUAGCCUUCCUCAGCUUCAAGUACCCCCUGUUACUGUUCAAAGGCUCAGAGGGCAAUGGGAAAACCAACACAUCUGAGGAUCUUGACAGCAACUAUUAUAAAGACUAUGUGAAGUCCAUUUUGAAGAAGAAGCCAGCAAAAACAAGCCCCUCUAGGACAGAAAAACCAUCUAUAUCUGACAGGAUCUCAGACACGUUAAAGUCUUAUAUUUACACUCCAGAGAAAGGAUUCCGCCUGCCGUUGACGGUGGUAAUCUCUGGAGUUCUGUCUUUCAUUGCUGUGUAUCAGGUUUGUCUGUUGCUGAUAUGUGCUGUGAUUCCCAUCCUCCAUAUUGUGCGUGCUGGUAUAAAUGAAGACAUUGCCUUCCUUUUGCUGGGUUUUAAUAUCAUUCUACAUGAGGACAGACAAGAGGUGGUCAAAAUUGUCAUACACUAUACCUGGUGUUUGGAGAUUUGUUACAUAUGUGCUGCAACUCUGUCCUGCAUUGUCUCUCUGGUCAUGCUAAUGAGGUCCAUGGUUUUACACAGGGUAAAUCUCCGAGGGCUAUACAGAGGAGAAAUCUACAAUGCGUACAGCUGCCAGAGGAGAAUCAGGCCUUCUCAGCCUGGAGUGGUUAGCUGGAUGGGUUUCGUCAGUUACCAGACUGCUGUUAUCUGUCUGGGAAUGGCUGUUCAGACACUGGUCUUCUUCCUUGGCUUUGUGUUUGUGAUUUUCCUUGUCAUCAUUCCCAUCCUCUAUGGACAGAAUCUGAUGUUCUUCAUUGUCAUUGGCAAGCUGUGGCCUUUUUGGCUGAUGCUGUUCCUGGUUGUGGCUAUCCAGCAUGUGACUGCUCAGUUCACAUUUGUGAAAAAGGAUGCAGGAACACGGGAUCUGGCCAACAGAUCUGGCCUGUUUCUGUUGUCCUACCUGCUGUUCUUGGUGAACAUAGUAGUCGGGGUUUUGGUAGGACUGUGGAGGAUGGUAGUCACAGCUCUGUACAACAUUGUUCAUCUUGGCCGUAUUGACAUUAGUCUUCUAAACCGUGGCUCUGAGCUUUUUGACCCAGGUUAUCGUUGCUAUGCUCACUUCUUGAAGUUGGAGGUAAGCCAGGCCCACCCUGUGAUGAAAGCCUUUUGUGGCCUGUUACUGCACUCUACUGGACAAGAGAGCAGUGCUGGACAAAAAAUAAGAGAUGCAGAGGAAGGUAUACAGCUGGUACAACAGGAGAAAAAACAGAGUCGGGCAAGCAGUGCCAGGAGGGCACGGGCACGCUGGCAGCUCCUCCUCACACUCGUCAACAACCCAUCACUGCUAGGAUCUCGUAAGCACUUUCAAGCGCAGGGCACUGAGAGUAUCUUCAAUGGCUCACUUAACCGGGCAGCCAAGGACGGAAGCAAGAAGAGCACUGGUAAAGCCUCUGAGAGCACUGCCGCCAAAUGA